UCUUUAAGACACCCGGAAGUGCUCCUUCCUGUGUGUUCACUGGUCGCGGGGUCCAAACAGACAGCUGAGCUCCCCCCCGGCCAUGAUAUCCCACCCUGUGAUCCGGGCUUUCCGCAGCACUGUGAGCUGCUCCUGGAGACGCCGGGCUGCCCUCCAAGUGGCCCUGAAGGCCUCGGACGUCCGCAGGCGCUGCUACUCCGCCCCGGUCCGCGGCGCCGUCUCGGGCAUGGAGGAGAUCCUGUCCAGGGUCGUUGCACCUGUGCCUUCAUACGAAACGAGAGACAAGAGCCCCCCUCCUCCGGAGUCCAACAGCGUGGAGUUCAUGCAGUUUUACAGAACUCUGGACAAGGAGGACAAGCAGGAUUUCCUGGGGAAGCUGUCGCACGACUUCGGGGUGGACCAUAAAAACGUGUCGGAGCUCGCAGUCAAGCUCCUGGACACGCAGCUCCGAGACUUGGCGACCAUUUUGCAGGUGGAGGACCGGCUGCGGUACAGUUUGACUCCGCGGUACAAGCAGCUCUUCAGUCAUAUAAGCCGGGUGGAAGGUGGAGUGAAGUUUUUGGUGGAUCUGCGAGCGGACGUGCUGGAAAUAAUCUCCUUCAAGGCUAGCGAAACCCCGCACAUCAGGGAUCUGAACGCCACGCUGAAGAGUUUGCUUUCGGAGUGGUUCUCCGUUGGUCUGCUGCGACUCGAGAGGAUCACCUGGCAGUCGCCCUGUGAGAUCCUGCAGAAGAUCAGCCAGUACGAAGCGGUGCACCCUGUGAGGAACUGGACCGACCUGAAGCGCAGAGUGGGCCCGUACCGACGCUGCUAUGCGUUCACGCACGCCGCCAUGCCGGGGGAGCCGCUGGUCGUGCUGCACGUGGCCCUGACCGAAGACAUCUCCGACAACAUCCAGAGCAUCGUGCGUGAGUUCGCUACCCUCGACUCGGAGGAGGACGUGAAUAAGAUAAAUUCAGCCAUUUUCUACUCCAUCUCCUCAACCCAGGCCGGCCUGCAAGGGGUGGACCUGGGAAACUACCUCAUCAAAAGAGUAGUGCGGGAACUGCAGAGCGAGUUCCCUCACAUGGCCCAGUUCUCCAGCCUGUCGCCCAUCCCGGGGUUCUCCUCCUGGCUGCAGGGCCUGCUCAGCCAGUACAGGAAGGAGGGCCGGGGCUCCGACCUGCUCUCCGAGCAGGAGUGGAAGGAGGUGGAACAGGCCACCGACUCGGCGCCGGGGACGCCGGCCGUCGACGCCUUACGGAAGCUGAUCUUCACCAGCGAGUGGACACGCUCGGAGAGACUGUCCAGCAUCCUGGAGCCCGUCCUGAUGCGCCUCUGCGCCUGGUACCUCUACGGCGAGAAGCGGCGAGGCUACGCCCUCAACCCGGUGGCCAACUUCCACUUGCAGAACGGCGCCACCAUGUGGCGGCUGAACUGGCACGGCGACACCAGCCCCAGGGGAGUGGCCAACUCCUGCGGCAUCAUGGUGAACUAUCGCUAUUUCCUGAGCGAGACGUCCAAAAACAGCGCGCUGUACCUGCAGAACAAGGUCAUCCCUGCGUCGGAGCAGGUGAUCGGACUCGUGUCCCAGUUUCAGAAGAACAGCAAGUUAUGAGAAAGUGAUGCACUGACUCCAUUCUUUUUUGUUUCUGCAGGUUUGUUUGCACAUGUGUAUUAAUUUUUCAGUCAACAUUAAAAGUUUAACAUUAAAUCCAAAAGGAAACCUCAGAGAUCCUGCCGAAUAGAUGUCAGUUGAUAUUAUUGACAUUCAGAUCCGACGGGUUCUCAGGUGACGUAACUCACCCCAUCUGCUGUUUGCCUCAUUAGAUUUCUCGCCGAAGCCGUUUGAUUUUGUGUGAGUGAUUCCCGGGACAGACGGAGGCUAAUGAAGCACGAGGCCUCUGUCAACGCCGUAGCAUGUUCUCCUGUUACAGCGGGAGCGAUGAGGGAGUUCUGCCACUGCAAUAAAUGAUGUUCAGAUUCUUCUGCUUUGCUCAACUGCUGCAAUUGUGAAGAGUGGAUUUUAUCUUGCUUUUUUUCUUUGUUGUUGUUGCUUUGUUUGGUUUUUAUCUGCACCUGCUGUUACUCUUCUUAUUCCCUCCGAAUCUCGAUACACAGAGGCAUGAAAUCACCAACUGUAAAUAUUAUUUCGUAUUAAAUAACU